UUCUCACUCCCUCGCAGUCACAGUACACAAAGACAGAGACCUGCAGCGAGCUAGUGCACACCAGCAAACCAACCAACGAACCAGCCGAUGGGCAAGUGCGUCAGGAUCCGCAGCAGCAGCAGCAAGCAGAACCCGUCGCCGUCGACGGGCGAGGCCGCGGCGGCGUGCCUCACGCUGCGCAGCGGCCGCCGCGUGCCGGUGGCCGCGUCGUGCAGCCCGCCGGGCAGCAGGCGCCACCGCCGCGGCGGAGCGGCACCAGCCUGCCGACGGUGCGGCGCCAAGCGCGCGUGCGACAGCCCCGGGCAGCGGAAGUGCUCGCAACCGAGGCCGCACCGUGGCCGGGCGGCGCUCGCAAGCGCCGAGCUCAGGCUCAGCGGCGGCCGGCCGGAGGAGGAGCCGCUGCCGUCGUCGCAGGCGAACCCCGCUGCCCGCGACGUCGACGGCGACCGUGGAGACAGCGCACCGGCCACGCCCCUCUCCGGCGACGAGGUGAUGAAAUCCAAACACGAGCACGGGAGCAAGGGCGGCGUCCCAGGCCAGCCGUCGCCGUCGCCGUCGCCGUCGUCGCCGCUGCUGCAAGCCGAGAUGGAGGCGUUCUUCGUCGCGGCGGAGCUCGCCGAGCGCCGGCGAUUUGCAGAAGCGUACAAUUACGACGUUGCCCUCGACCGCCCGUUGGAAGGCCGAUUCGAGUGGGCGCCGGUGAGCACGUGAGGGGACGCAGCAUGGAGGGUAAAACUGUCAAUCGUAGCAACAAAUGCUUAUCCUAGCUUGGGAAAUUGGAGUUAGUCCUUCGAUUCUCCUACUGAUGUCGUUUAGAGAUUGUCACUGCUUCCCUAGUAUUACUGUCUGGGUAUAGUUUGCCACUGGUUCAGUUCAUCGGUUGUUACUUGUUUAUCACUGUUCUACUGUCUCUCUGACAACCGUAUAGUCUGUGUAUAGGAUAAGGUGAUGAUCCAUUGGAGGAAGCUUCUGAGCUCCCCAUGCUGAUCGGUUUCCACCGUGAAAUUCUACUCAUUUUCUUUAUUUACAAAUUUCUGACUUCUUGGUCACA